AUGCCUCCAGGGCUGUCCCACCACUGUGUCCAGAGCAUUCCCCACAUUGUUUGCUCCCCCAACGCAUUAUCGAUCAUCGCACCAGUCACUGGGUCCCUCUCAGGGAAGGUAAAUCUUCCCUGCUUCUUCUCCACCAUCCCAACCUCAGCACCAUUGAUCAGUGCCGAUGGAAUUGCCGUUCCUAGCAGAGAUCAAUUACGGAUCAAAUGGACCAAAAUAGUUGGAGACGUGGAAUCCACAGUGCUGGUGGCACAAAAUGGUGCCAUCAAAAUAGGCUCCGUCUACAUGCACCGUGUGUCAGUGCCCAGUCACCCUGAGGAUGUAGGUGAUGCCUCGCUGACGAUGGUAAAGCUGCGUGCCAGUGAUGCCGGCACUUAUCGAUGUGAAGUCAUAUACGGCAUUGAGGACACCCAGGAUACAGUUAACCUUGAUGUUGAUGGUGUUGUGUUUCACUACCGGGAAAGCACCAGCAGGUACACCUUGGACUACCAGAAGGCUGUCGAAACCUGCCAAAAUAUUGGAGCAUCCAUUGCUACAUAUGAGCAACUGAAAGCAGCGUAUGAGGAUGGCUUUGAUCAAUGUGAUGCCGGCUGGAUUGCUGACCAGACAGUGAGAUACCCAAUUACAAGGCCAAGGAAGGGCUGCUUUGGCAACCUGAAAACUAAACCUGGUGUCAGGUCGUAUGGGACCAGGAAAGCCACAGACACCUACGAUGUAUUCUGUUUUGUGGACAAACUUGCUGGUGAAGUGUUCUAUGCUCCUGUGACCCCUAAGAUGACUCUUAAGGAAGCCAGUGCAGAGUGUAGGAACAGGAAAGCUGUCCUGGCAUCCCCGGGCCAGCUCCACGCUGCAUGGCGACAAGGCCUGGACAGAUGUGACUAUGGCUGGCUCUCCGAUGGCAGUGUACGACACCCUGUGGCAGUACCCAGACUGCAGUGUGGGGGAGGCCUGCUCGGAGUAAGGACCAUGUACCGCUACAGAAACCAGACUGGCUUCCCAGAACCAACCAGGAAGCUUGGGGCUUACUGUUUUAAAGGGGUCAACUCGUGUACAGAAAAUAUUUGUCUCAAUGGAGGAUCUUGCUUCAAGAGUGGCAGCAUCUAUACGUGUAGCUGUACUCCUGGUUACAGUGGUUAUCGCUGUGAAACAGAUAUUGAUGAGUGCCAGUCAAACCCAUGCCGCAAUGGAGGUACAUGUUUUGAUGCGCUGGCCUCCUUUACUUGUGCCUGCCUACCAAGCUACUCUGGGCUGUAUUGUGAAGAGGAUACAGAAACAUGUGACUAUGGCUGGCAUAAGUUCCAGGGCCACUGCUACAAGUACUUCCCCCAAAGAAGAAACUGGGACACAGCAGAGAGAGAGUGUCGCAUGCAUGGGGCUCAUCUCACCAGCAUCCUCUCCCACGAGGAGCAACAAUAUGUCAACCGUCUUGGACAGGACUACCAGUGGAUUGGCCUGAAUGAUAAGAUGUUUGACAGUGAUUUCCGCUGGACUGACGGCAGAGCUGUGCAAUAUGAAAACUGGAGACCCAACCAGCCUGACAGCUUCUUCUCUUCUGGUGAGGAUUGUGUUGUGAUGAUAUGGCACGAGGACGGCCAAUGGAAUGAUGUUCCUUGCAACUACCAUCUGACCUACACUUGCAAAAAGGGCACAGUGGCCUGUAACCAGCCCCCUCUGGUGGAGAAUGCACGUACCUUUGGUAAAAAGCGUGAGAGGUAUGAGAUCAACUCGCUGGUGAGAUACCAGUGUCGAAAAGGCUUUAUUCAGAGGCACGUCCCAACAAUCCGUUGUCGUGGAGAUGGACGAUGGGAUAGCCCUAAAAUAGCCUGCAAUAACCCAUCAAGCUAUCAGAGGAAUGUUUUCCAAAAACAUCAACACAAGAGUCUCUCCAGCGUAAACAACUUUAAAAGUUGGCCGGACGCAGCCUUUCGUUUUCACCAUCAGCGCUACCGGGGAAGAAGAGACAGAACUGAACAUAAGCAGAACAGAAAGUAAUGCCAUUUAACGUGGCACAGCUUCCCCUGGACAAGAACACAUGGCUGAUGCUUGUGUGAAAGAGGAAAAAGAUUCCCCAAGAAAAAGCACAUGAGAAAACUCAUCAAAAGAAACCAGGCGGAUAACCUGCAGCUUUUGUUGCGUUUUGGAUGACAAUGGAAUCUUAUGAAGUGCCUUUUGAAAAGAUGUUGAUACAUAACUUUUCUUAUCAAGGAGCACAGUUUUAUAACAAUGCCAAUGUGGAUGUAAUACUUUCAGCUGGCUACUGGAAAAGCAAAAAAGUGUAGCCUACUCAUUCUUUUUAAACUGUGGACGUUUUUUAUUUUUCCAGCUUAUCAAAUAAUACAUUCAUGACUGUUGUCUAAUGACUUUGUACACCAACUGUUUUAUUUAAAAUCACCAUAAGUGUUCCUUAUUCAUAGAAAAAAAAGCUGUUGUGAAAAUAUAGCGCUUAUGUUAUGUAAAGCAAUCCAUUAUGUUGUCGUGCUGUUUUAAGCUGGACUUCAUUUUAAAGAGCAUGCAUGCAUAUGCAUAUAUACAUAUAUUGAAGUCCUCACAUUUUAACCAUGUUUAUUCUGUGUCAAGACAUCCAAAUUCCCACUACACAAUUGGAGCCAUGGAAAUAUUUAGAGUCCAGAUUAUUAACAGGCCCAUGUCUGUGAUGGAGACCUUCAACUUUCAUUAGCUCCAUUCGUCAAUGGCUGUCAUCAAUGUGUUGUCAGGAUAAUGUUUAUGAAAACUUUUCUUUACACAGACAUUUUUUAAACUUAUUAAUAUUCUUUUGUGUGAUUUUAAGCAAUUUAAUAUGAAAGAUUGUUCUCUAAGUACUUACGGACAAAGCCUUUAUCCACUGAUCAAAGUUGAUGUCCAUCACUACUUUCAAAUGAAAGAUGGAGGUGUCUCAGCAGCCUGUAUCUUCUGCUCAUGUGUGUUCAGUGCAAAACUGAGUUGCCACAGCAUGUUUACAAUAACUUUAUUGCAGUUUAUAAUUACACACCAAAUAGUCCUGCUCUCAUCUGUUGCUGUUGUGCUGUAGCCUGUGAUGGUUUUUCUAGUUUAUGCUUUUCUUCGGGACACGUAACCUUUCUGUUAUUGUGAUCGAUUAAAAUCAGCCUUUGAGAGAAUGUAUUUUGUGAAACACUCAAAAAGACUUGAACAUAACGGCUGUUUAGGAACAGAUGCAUAUAAUUUAUUUUCAAGCUGCUCUUGAACUCCUUACUUGUUCUACACUUACAGAUACAUGUGAUGCUAUUCCCUGUCCCAGCUGUACUCUUCAUAUAUUUCUAUUGUACGAUCAAGAGGAGACCAGCCACAAUCACAGGUUGUUUGAAGCGAAUGGAUCUUUAAGGCUAGCAGUGGACCAGAGACUAUAGAGGGCCCCAUUGGCUGCAAUAAUGUUCUGUAAAAUUAACAACACACUUUUACAUGUGUAUGUUUGUGUAUGUCUCCAGCAUUUUUAAAGGGAAACAUGUAUUUGUUGUGUCUGCCUGUGAAUGUCAGUGUGUGUGCCUUAAUGUGCACAUAACAUCAUUUUAUAUUUAAACUGUUUUUUUUUAAUUUUAUUUUACAAUGUGAAUGUCUGGGAUGUUUGUGAAUUCUUUUUAAAGAGCUCAAAGUGUUUUUUCUGCUUUAAAUCACCAAAGAAAUAAAAAUA